AUGCCACUCGCACUCGCCCCCGACGGCAAAGGCUGGGUUCGCGUCCCACCACCGCGCCGCCGCAAACCCACCGCCGUCGACACCGCCGAACUCAUGAAGACCCCGCUCGCCUACUUCGCCUGCACGCCCGUGCCAUCCUCAAAACCGCGCAUCCCAAACAUCCCAGUCUACACUCUCGACCCCAACGAGCACACGCCUCCGGGCUCUGCUGCCACUGGCAAUGGUCGUCCACGGAAGAAGGCCGCAGGGCAGAGGGCGGCUAGUUCGCCGCAUCAUGGCCAUCCCUACGACGAGGAAUAUGGGUACAGCGAUCACGACGAUAGCUAUGAUGUUCAUCCACACCAUCAGCAGCAUCAAGGGCGCCGCACUCGACCACCACCGCAAAGCACGAUCUCGCACGAGCGAGUCCGGCCGCGUCACACGCCCGGCGCGGUGAUAGCGGCGCAGGCAGCUUCUGCGAGAUCUGGUGGGUUGGGAUCGUCGCCGCCGAAGCCGAGAGCGGCGACGACAACGAGUGCGGCGGGAGGAGGAGGGUAUAGCUAUUGGACGGGGCCGAGUAAUAAGGCGAGGGCGCCACCGCCGAGGAAUUAUGGGGGUGAUGGUGGGAGUAGCGUUGGGAGUGGUGGGAGCGGGAAGAGCGCUAGGUGGGCGAAUGCUACGGCACCUUUGGCGCUGUAG